AAUGAAGCCAUAGCCCAUUCCCACCUGAACCUUUUGCUUGAGCUCUGAACACCUUCCAAGCCUCCUGAACAUCUCCCGGUCCUGCGUGGAAACACCAGGCACAGAAAAUUCUUGAUGUCAGGAACACCGAGACAUGAUCAAGAGAUGAUAAAGAAAGCAGAAGCAAGCCUGUCCAAAACCACAGACCCUUUGGAAAGACUUCGCCUCCAGUGUUUAGCAAAGGGAUCUGCAGGCAUCAAAGGACUUGGAAAAGUAUUUAGGAUUAUUGAUGGUAACAACACCAGAACCCUUGAUUUCAAAGAGUUUCUGAGAGGACUACAUAUUUACUCUGUGACGAUUGAUGAGGCAGAAGCAAAAGAGCUUUUCCAACUAUUUGAUAAAGACGGCAGUGGAAAAAUUAAUUUUGAUGAAUUUAUUCUUACACUGAGACCUCCUAUGUCCAAUGCAAGAAAAGAAGUUGUCCUGAAGGCAUUUCAGAAGUUAGACAAGACUGGAGAUGGUGUCAUAACAGUGGACGACUUACGCGGGGUGUAUAGUGGACAGCAUCACCCCAAGUACUUAAACGGAGACUGGACAGAAGACCAAGUCUUUAGAGCCUUUCUGGACAAUUUUGAUUCACCCUAUGACAGAGAUGGGAAGGUCACAACAGAGGAGUUCAUGAACUACUAUGCUGGAGUAAGCGCUUCAAUUGAUACAGAUGUGUACUUUAUCCUCAUGAUGAAGAAUGCCUGGAACCUCUGAUCAUACAAUUAAAGAAUGGUUUAUGACCAAGGAAUGACUUUGUGGAGCUCUCUUGGAAAUGAAAAAUUCAUAACUUUCUUAUCUUCUUGUCUUCUACUUCUGCU